GUUCCUUCUCAUACCUUGAUGGGUAUCCCACUCAGUGCUUCAUUCUUGCCUCGAUCUCCACUUGGUGAAGCUUGCUCAAGAAUGGACUUGACUGCAAUACAUGAGAUCUUAGAGAAGACUGGGUAUAAAGAUGACGAGGGAGUGGCAAAUGAGCUUUCUUUCCAAAUGUGGACCGACCAAAUGCAGGAUGCAUUGAAUUCAAAGAAAGAGGGUGAUACAGCUUUCCGGCAUAAAGAUUCCAAAACUGCAAUCGAGUGCUACACACAGUUUGUCAAUUUUGGACCCAUGGUUUCUCCGACGGUUUUUGCUCGCCGUAGUUUGUCUUAUCUCAUGAAUGAGAUGCCGCAGGAAGCAUUAAAUGAUGCAAUGCAUGCCCAAGUCAUUUCUCCAGUCUGGCACAUUGCUUCCUUUCUACAAGCUGCCUCACUUUUUGCUCUUAAAAUGGAUAAUGAAGCACAAAUAGCACUUAACGAGGGUGCAGUUCUUGAAGCCAAAAGGCAUUCAAAUGCUGGACAAUAAACCAAUUGCUUUUGCAUAUUUGUAAAUCUCCUUUUUCUGGUUCUUUCAAUCGCUUCUUUCGUGACAACAAGCAUGGCAGCAUCUACUAAAAAGUCUGCUUCAAAUACUGAUGAUUGAUGAAGAAAUGAAGGAGUUAAGGAUUCAUUUCUCUUAUGAUUCGAUUCCGAAAACUGAUGUAGAUGACUAAGUUUGGGUGAAGAUUUUGGUAUUGUUAUUUUCUUUCUUUUGUUCUUUGAGUGGAUAAUAUAUGCAGUUUUUUUUUUUUCUGAUUUGAGCAAUUGUGCAAAAAACUUGGUUUUCAUUUGCAUUUUGUAAAGAAGGAUAUCUG